AUGUUCUGUCAAUUUUUAUUCGCUCUGCUGCUCAGUCUUUUCAUUUAUGACCAGGUGAAUCCAGCGCCUGCAAAAGCUCCAAUUUUACCAGAUGUCAAUGGAAUGAUGAAUAAAUCAGUGGCUGACGCGUCUGCAGCUCUUAAAGAUGCUCAAAUUACAGCGAAGGAGAUAGUCCAGGAUAUCUUCAAUUGGACCAAUCAGGUUGGACUGUUAACCAAGCAAUUGGUAAAUUUUGCUAUUGAUUCGUCGCAACAAACUGGAAAUUCCAUGGUCAAUUUUAAUCCUGAUAUUUCUGUUGACGGGCUAAUGGGAUGA